CUCACAACAAUGUCGGGUAGCAAGAUACGGACCAGCAGCAGGGAGGAAAUAUUCGACCCACGGGUUAGUGUAAGCAGGAUGUUACGGGAUUGACUCAUUCGGUCUGGUGUCUGGUAUGUGCGGCAGUGUGUUUGUGGUCCGUUGACGCCUAGCCCUAUUUCGAACCAAUCCGUGCAGUUGUUGUACAGAAACGAAACAGUAGUGAAGUUAUAAAUUGAUCGAGAGUUAGCGUUGCUGAUCAUCCAAACAUCGCUCAAAGAUGAAACAACCAUCGGGAGGAGAAAAUGCAGGCGAUCGCAACUCGACGGCCAGUAAAGCGAACAGACCCAGCACACUGCUAACGAACGAGGAAAAUGAUCAACUGUUUCGUUUGCUUGGACGUCGAUGCCAGACGCUUAGCACGGCAGUGGUGCAGCUGUACACGACACAGUCGCCGGCACACGCCUCCUGGGUAAAACGAUGCACCGGUGCGCUCUGCUUCAUCAAGGACAACAUCCGCAAAUCGUACUACUUUCGGCUGUACUGUCUGAAGGCAAAUCAGAUGGUAUGGGAACAGGAGCUGUACGAGAAAAUCGAAGUCACGCUCCCGAAACCAUACCUUAUCACGUUCGAGGGACAGGAUGGUAUCGUGGCAUUCAACUUUGCCACCGAGGAUGAGGCGGCUGCCAUCAUGAACACUACCCUUACCACCAUUCACAAUCGCAACCGACGACGAGAUGAACGUAUCAAACGCAACAAUACGCGUAAGGAUCCUCCGCCAGCGAGGCCGCCACCAUUGCAAAACAUCCCGGUCGGUGCAGGCGGCUCGAACAUUCCCGAUACCGAUGCAUCCGUCACCUAUCGGAAUAAGCAGCCUUUUGCGAGUCCAUUUUCGGGCCCAGCGCCAGGGCCACCGAUGCAGCAGUAUCCGGGACAGCAGCCGGUCGCUCCGAACCUUGGCAAUGCCACGCACCAGAAGCCGCGCAAGGUGAAGGGUAUGGGCAAGCUGCAGAAGUCCGACAUUGGUUCACCGUCGAACUUUAAGCACGUGACGCACGUCGGGUGGGAUCCGCACAGUGGGUUCGAUUUGAUUGGCGCCCAGGAAUCGUUGAAACCGUUCCUCGAGAAGGCGGGCGUAGGGGACCAGCAUCUGAAAGAUCGCGAUACGUGUGCGUUCAUAUACGACUUCAUCCAAACGAACAACGUGCUCGAUACGGUCAAGUCGGAGCAAAGCAGCGGCCGCAAACAAAAGCCCCCGGCGCCACCGCCCGUACCGGUUCGUACCCAUACUACCGUGGCACCACAGCCCGAAACGUUUCCUUCUCAGCCACAAUCACAUGACCAUCACCCUCCAUCACAGCAUCCGCCGAGCGUGCCGUCGCACCAGAAUGGGCAUACGAGAAAUCCGCCGCCACCACCGCCGCACCGUACGCUUCCACCGCUACCGCCGACCACACCGCCGAAGGUCGUGCCCGGUGGGGCGCCGCCAGCAACGCGCCCACCCCCGAUGCAACCACCCCCAACGCAACCGGUCCCAUCCGUCGCUCCACCGUCCUCUAGUGCACCGGCUCCCCCACCACCGCCACCGCCAAUGAUGACCGGGCCGGUACCGCCGCCACCGCCACCGAUGAUGAUGCCGUCGCUGAAACCACCGGCACCGGCCAUACCAGGUGGUGCCGGUGGUGGUGGUGGUGAUGACGGUGGCGGUGAUGCUCGUUCUGCACUACUAGACAGUAUUCGCAAGGGAACAACACUUAAGAAAGUGGACCAAAGUACACACAGCACCGGUAGCGGUGAUAUGCGUAACGAUUUGAUGACCGAGAUACAGCAGGGCUUCCAGCUGCGCCCGGUUGCGAACCGCGAGCUGAAUGCGGUCGGCGAACGGAACAGUGGCGGAGGGGGCAGCGGGGACGUCGGCACGGAUGCGCUGGCGGAUGCGUUGCGCCGUGCGCUGGCGGAACGUGGCCGUGUCAUACGCGCGUCGGACGAAGAUGAUAGCGAUUCCAAUUCCAACAACACCGACUGGGAAGACUAGAUUCGAGCCGACACCCCCCUUAACAGCGGGGAUGGUCACAUUCCUGGCACCGGUUUUUUUUUUUUAUAUAUUUUGAUAUCACAACCUUUUUAUUUUCUAAACAUCACAUUUCUAGUAGGUUUGCGGCAGAAGCAGCUAGAACAAUCAGUUCGUUGUUGUUAAAUCGCUCAAUAUUGUACAGCCAAACAAUAUUGGUGUGUGUGUGUGUUCUAACAGGGCCUCUAAGUUGAUGUGUCCCUGGCUUGAUACUGGCAGAGAGCGUGUGAAGCAACACGCAACGCACACACUCACACCCACUUUUAUCAAUGGCUAACAAAAGCAAAGCUUGCGUAACAAUAGUGUAUAGUGUCGUUAGUAGUAUUAGGUGUUAUUGUACUACCGUUUAUUUGAAAAAAAAACCUUUACACCUUUUUAUCUUCCAAUAUUUCUGUUAUGUAAAGUUACAAUAUUAUGAAACCAUAAUCAACACACAACAAUAGAAAAGUGUGUGAUAUUGUUAAAAAAAAGUAAUACAGCAUUUGCUAUUGUAAAAUGAUAAUAAAGAAAUUAUGUCUUCACAGUUAAAACAUAA